UUUAACCAGGGGUUGAAUGGAGUGCCCGGGAGUGUGUUAGCACUUCAGAGGCGAAGGACCCAGGGUGGGGAGCCUGCCAGAUGGGGGUGCCUGGUGCUGACGCGGCAGGGCGGAGGGGAGCCCCAGAGGACGCCACGGGAAGAAGAAAUGGACAGAGCGUGUGGGCUGCACAAACACUUUGGGUGCUCUGGGCAGAGGCCGCGGUGAAUUAGUGCUGAGUCCGUAGAUCGCUAAGCAGUAAAUCGAGAUGGCGGUGCUCAUGGACCCCGACGAGGACCCCGAGGACACACUGCGGGCACACCGGUCACGGGAGAAGACUUUCAUUUUCGACACCGUUUUCGACCAGCAUGCCUCACAGGAAGAUGUGUACCGUGCCACCACCCAGCACCUAGUGGAAGGCGUCGUUUCUGGAUACAAUGCAACGGUGUUUGCCUAUGGCCCCUCAGGCGCAGGGAAGACGUACACCAUGCUGGGCAUGGACGCGGAGCCCGGCGUCUACCUGCAGACCCUCAGUGACCUGUUCCGGGCCAUCGAGAUGCGCGGCAGCACGGACUGGGGUGUGUCGAUGUCUUACCUGGAGAUUUACAACGAAGUGAUUCGGGACCUCCUGAACCCGUCCUCGGGGUUUCUGGACCUGAGGGAAGAUUCUCGGGGCAGCAUCCAGAUCGCAGGCCUCACGGAAGUCUCUACCUCUAACGCGCAGGAAAUCAUGCACCUUCUCACCAAAGGCAACCGGCAGCGCACGCAGGAGCCCACGGCCGCCAACAUGACGUCGUCUCGCUCCCACGCGGUGCUGCAGGUCACCGUGCGCCAGCGGAGCCGCGGCUCGGACUUGGCGGAGGGAGUGUGCGUCGGGAAGCUCUUCAUGGUGGACCUGGCGGGCUCCGAGCGGGCGUCGCAGACCCAAAACCGCGGCAAGAGGAGGAAGGAAGGCGCCCACAUCAACCGCUCCCUGCUGGCGCUGGGCAACUGCAUCAACGCGCUCAGCGAGAAAGGCGGCAGCCGGGCGCAGUACGUGAACUUCCGGGACAGCAAGCUCACGCGCCUGCUGAAGGACGCCCUGGGAGGGAACAGCCGGACGGUGAUGAUCGCGCACAUCAGCCCGGCUAGCACGCACUUUGAGGAGUCUCGGACCACCCUGCUGUAUGCCUACAGGGCAAAGAACAUCAAGACGAGGGUGAAGCGCAACCUACUGAACGUGUCCUACCACAUCGCACAGUACACGGACGUCAUCUCCAACCUGCGCAGGGAGAUCGAGCACCUCAAGUCCAAAAUUGAGAAGCAGGAGGAGGAGAAGAGAGGAGAACCCGGGGUCCAGGACGCACCAGUCAGGAUCCCCUCACACGAUGGAGAGGAGGAUAGCUGCCGGCAGAUGAACAAGAUCCGGGCGCAGCUCGUUGGGGCCUUCAAGGAGCAGUUGGAGAUGCGGCGCAGCCUGGUGGAACUGGAGAACACCAACAUAGAGCUGCACGUUGACAUGUCCCGCCACCUGCUGACCAUUGCAGACUGGGAGCGGGAGAAGGCCCAGCACCUCGUGCACAGGGACAGGACGCCGGAGGGGGACGAGGAGCCGGCAGAGGCGGACGGGGACGAGGGCGAGUCCGUGGAGCCGCCUGAGGUGGCCGUGGCCAGAGAGGAGGUCAACACGCUUCUGGCUGAGCAGAGGAAAGCUGCGGCCCUCAAGGCGGGGCUGGAGCGGCGUCUGGCCAGUGCCAAGGAGAAGGCCUCGCAGCUGGAGCAGCUGCUGCCCGCGCAGGCCAGCAGCGAGGACCAGCGGGAGGUGUUGCGUCUGCUGUGCUGGGCCCACGAGCUGGAGGCCGAGAACACGGAGCUGCGGGCCGACGGCCUGCGCAGGAGGAGUCUGCUGUGGCAGAAGGACUUCGUGAUCCAGCGCUACCACCGGCACCGGCUGCUCUGUGAGCAGCUCCUCCGGGACCAGCGGCAGCUGAUCGAGGGUGGCGGCCUCGCGGUGCCCGAGUCCCUGGACGAGCGGUACGGUCUGAUCCUGCGGGAGCUGGGUGCGGGCUCGCUGAACCGGCUGCUGCUGCUGCACUCGGUCAUGUCGAGCUCCCUGCGGGACGGCUUGGUUCUGAAUAAGUCCCCCGCACCGCAGGAGGAGGCUAGCUGGGACUGGCCAGACGACAGGAAGGACCUCCCGUGGGGUGCCCAGUUUGAACUGCCGCUGAUGCUGCUGGAGGAGGACAGCGGUGGCUACACGUCGUCGCAAGCCACGCCAUCGAAAACGCUGGGAAAGCAGGAUUCCCUUCUCCCUCUGCCAUCCCUCCGCAUCCUGCUAACGCCUCCGGCUCACGAGGCAGGCCCCCUGAGCGUGAAGAAUUUGGUCUCCAAGCUGGGCGCCCCCGCUGGCCUGGACCUGGGUGCCUCGCGGAUGGCAGCGGAGGCCGGCGGCCCGGCCCUGAGUGCUCAGACCCUCAAGGAGAUGGCCAUGAGCACCAAGAGCAUCGCUCUCAUCGCGGCCACCCGGCGCUCCAAGGCGCAGGACCGCGAGGGUGGCAGCGGCCGCUCCUCCCUCCACCUUCCAGAGGACAUGGCCCUGGACUCCAGGGACCCGAGCCCAGCAGACAGGAGGUGGCCCCACGCCAGCCCGGGCCGGGACCGUUCUGCGGAGAAGGCCAGGGGGAAGCUGUCACCCUCCCUCACCUGGAGCAUGCAGACGGUGACGGAGAACCCUCAACCCCCCUCCGUGGAGCACGUGGCCAAGAGCCAGCCACCGCCUGCACCCCUGCCACUUACGAAGUCGUCCGGAAAGAGCUUCCUCCCUGCCGUCUCCACGGCCUCCAAGAUAAAGCCCAGCCCCAGUCUCCAUGCAGAUGAGAAGGUUCUGCGGAUGCCUGAGGUCACCUUCACCCUCCCCAGCGCCACGUGGCAGAGCAGCCCGGGCCCCCGCAGGACCCCGCUCGCGCCCCGGGACAUCCGAGGGUCUACAGAGAGUGGAAGCCGACGCCACAGCCCGGUGCCCCCCAGCACCCCCUGCAAGCACCGGGGCAGCACCAAGAGGCCAAGGAGGCCACAGUGAGGAGGUCAGCGGGCAGGCCCGGCACACAGGGGAAGGCCGGAGAGGCUGGCCCCAGACCCAGGGCUCUCUCUGCCUCAGAGGUGGAUUCGAGAGACGAGGCCCCGGCAGGGACCAGCCAGCCCCAGCGUCCCUCAGCCCUUUGCAAUCGGCGGGUGCCUCACCAGCCACCUUCGGAGGAAGGGCCACUGAUGGAACUUCAGAACCCUUCUCGAGGACACCGCGUGGGGAGCCUCAGGCAUCUUUUGGGUCAUUCCCAGUUGUGGGUGCUUUUCCCAAGAUCGCUCCACCCCACAGUUUCUGCCCUGGGAGAAUGCUUUCGCUCUUCACCUGAUUGGGUGAGGCCCACCCACGCUGUGGCGGGCCUUCUGCCGAACUCCUUACUGAUGUAAAUGCUAAUCUCACCUGAAAAACACCUUCACAGCACCGUGCGUGCUGGUGUUUGACCCAUCACCUAGGUACUGUGGCCUGGGCAACUUGACGCACAGAAUUAACCCUCACACCUCACGAUUGGCUGGCAGGCAGGGUGACACUAUCCCGUCGCCAUGUAUAUGUAGGCUCUGGAAUAAGCCAGCGUCGGGGAAGCACGAGAACAUCCUGCAUUCCCGGGACCCACCCGUCCCCUCACUGUGUUCUGACGUCCCUGUCCACACCCCAUUGUGUGGAGGACACUGUGGAGGACGGCUGGGAUGAGGCAGCUUUGCAGGGUACGUGGAAGCAGCCGCGUAAACUGGGGACGCAGAAACCAAGGUCCUAACUUUUCAUCAAGACAGAAAGACAAGGUCACAGGGAGACCGAGCGCCGUCCGUGAGCUGCGUCGCCACCUUCCCUGGCUGUGCUUUUGGCACCUGCUGUGGUUUCCGGGCCCGUGCCCGCAUCUCAGGCUCUCAGGGGCACCCCUGCAGGACGUGGGGACCAAAGCCCCCUCCCCCACGGCGGGAGCCACCCCCGGGUGAAGCAGCAGGUGGAGGCCGUGGAUCCCGGGAGUCGGCCUGUCGCUCAUCAGGGGCGGGAGGUGUGGGUGGUGUUGUGGCCUCGUGGCCCGGGUGGGCAGCCGGGUGCCUCAGACUCACGUGUGUCGGGCACGUGCCAAACACCCCGUCAAUGUGCCGGCUGGAUGCCACGGCCGGGCCCCCUCUUGGCGUAAGACCGCUGUCGGGGAGGACGUGCUAGGGGCUUUGUUGAAGCCGUGCUGUCCUUUCUGGGCCUUCUGGAGGACGGUGGGGAGGCCGGUCCCGUUUGUCUUGGGGAGCCGUGCCGCCUGCUCUGUGCAGACCUGCCGCGGGCACUGUCUGAUGCCCUGUCCCUCACCGGGGGAGAGGCUGAGCCUCGGGGGCAAGGAGACUUCUGUUCUCCUGCCUUGGUCCCAGAUCCUGGGUAGGGCAGGAAUUACUGGUUGUCCCCUGUAUCUGCUCGCUUUCCGCCGUGAUAAUAGAACCCCCAAUUUUUAGCUAGUCACACGGCUCCCAAAAUAAAGGACCGUAUCUCCCAGACUCCUUUGCAGCUGCCUGUGGCCACGUGACUAAGUUCUGACCAAUGGCAUAUAAGUCAGAAGCAGCUGCUUCCAGGAGUCUCUAGCACAAAGGAUAAUUAGCAUGCUCCUCAUGCCUCUUUUCUUCACUUCCUGGAAUCCUACUACCUGAAAUCUGAAUGUGAUGGCUGGAACCCCGGCCACCAUUUUGAGGCCAUGAGGACAAAGGCCAUGCCUUGAGGAGGAUGGAGUGGGAAGCUGGAAGGAGCCUUGGUGUACAAGGUGCAGGGUUGCUCCUCAGCCUUGUUACAUCCUAUCCCCAGAUUUUAAUUUGAGAGAGAAAUGAAUGUCUAUCUGAAGCCUCUGCGGUUUGGUACCCCUCAUCUUAACUGAUAGAUGGCGGGGGGGGGGGGGGUAGCCCAGGCAGUUGGGAAGUAGUGGCUGGAGAAGUCUCUGGUACUUUUGUGGAGUGACAGCAGGAAAUUAGAAAUGGCAGUAUGAUGGGACAAGCCGUGGGGGUCAGGUAUGGCCCGCAAACUGAUCCUUGGCUGGUGGGAGAGUACAGGAGAAACUCCCAAUCUUUUCAUACCCUGUCUUGAGCUGGGUGAAAAAGUUGGCCACAAGGAUCUCUGGUGGAUCUCAGGAGUGGGGUGCUUUGCAAGGAGGCUCUGGACUGACCCAUGCACCUGAGAGAGGGCUGAGGACACACUUACAUCUGGGAGGGGGGCGGUCCCAGCCUCAUGGGGGGUAUAUUAGGGGUCUCCAGCAAAACAGAACCACUGGAAUGGGUGUGUGUGUGUGUGUGUGUGUGUGUGUGUGUGUGUGUAUUUAGGGAACUGGCUCAUCCGAUCAGGAAGGCUGGCAAGUCCAGAAUCUGUGGGCUGGGCCAGCAGGCAGGAGAGCCAGGGAGGGGCCUGGGUGCAGAAGUCCCUGUUGCUCGGGGAAGGUCAGCCUUUUGUUUUAUUCGGGCCUUCAGAGGAUUGGAUGAAGCCGCCCCACAUUAUGAAGGGUCAUCUCUUGACUCAGUGUCUACCGAUUUAAAUGUUAAUCUCACCCCAAAACACCGCCACAGAUACAUCCAGAAUAAUGUGUGACUGCAUAUCUGGGCGCCGUGGCCAUAGCAUAGCAUCAGACACAUAGCAUCAGUGAUCCCAGGGGGCAUACCCAAGGGCUGGAGAGCCCAACACAGGACCAGGAAGACCCAGCGUGGAGAGGUUCGCGCCCCUUCUGUGCCAGCCACCAUGACACCGAGCUCGGGAUCGACCCAGGUGGCUGGAACUGGGGGAGGACCUUGAAUUUGACCCAGUUUGAACCCAGAAUGACUGAGGAAAAUUACACAGGCAUCUGAGUAGUACACAAGGGUCCUCUUUGGGCGCGUCGGAGGUCACGCGACUGUGGAAUUGGCACCUGUGACAUGAAGACCACACUGGGAUCUCACCGCUUAAAAAAGAGAAACCUGUAUAAAACGAGCGAUAGAAACAUCCUCCCCAACCUAGUGCCACCUCGGAGGUAAGUCCUCUUUAAUGAUUGGGUGCGUGCUCUUCCCGGUUUCCCCGCAAAAUAACCCAAAUUAAAAAGCGUCUUGGCUUA